AUGGAACGUCUGGAGCAGGGUCAGACUGGGCCGGGCACGGAAAAAAAUCGAAUCAUCCGGGUUUUGGUUCUGGGCACGGAAAAGAUUCCAAUCAUCAGGCUUUUGGUUCUGCAUCUUGGCCUCCCUCCGGCAGUGUUGUGGACCCCCCUCUACCCCCACCAUCGCAAAAAAGGGCUCACCAAAAUUUCUAAUCAUCAGGCUUUUGGUUCUGCUGCUUAUCAGAGAACAACAGUAUCAUCAGAUGCUUACUGGACAACACCAACAGGUCCCACGUCUAUGAGACUUGUCAAUGGAAGGAACAGAUGUGAGGGACGUGUUGAAAUAUUCUAUGAUGGAACCUGGGGAACGGUGUGCGGUGACCUCUGGGAUAUGAGUGAUGCUCAGGUGGUGUGCAGGCAACUGGGCUGUGGUUUUGCCAGAUCAGCCCUUGCAGGAGCAACUUUUGGCCAAGGGAGUGGACCCAUAGUGUUGGAUGAUGUGCAGUGCAGAGGCCACGAGUCUUUUCUAUGGGAAUGUCCUCACAAUGGACUGAAACGUCACAACUGUGGACAUAGUCAGGAUGUUGCAGUCGUUUGUUUAGAGCAUCACCAGCUGUUCUCAGCGAUAGGCUCCACUGUCCAGACCCCGGCCUUCUCCACUUUGUACAGAAAUGGUAUGUGCUUGAUAGAGGUGUUUGCAGAUUACAGACAUGGUUACUGCUCAAACGCUGCCUGUUUUCACCUCUACCCCAUCAAGGAGCUGAUCCAGGACACUGUAUCCCGUGAUGAGAUACAGGGCUCUUUCUCAUUGGUUCUGACCCUGCUCCUGGGAAAUACAUAUUUCAGGGGAUGCGCAUUUAGAUGA